AUGUUUAUCGUAUCACUUGGUUUAUUAUACGAUUCAAACUAUGAAGACCUUGUAAAAUCUCCACCUUAUGGUGUUGUUAGCGCCAGAGCUAAACAGGUUUACACUAUAACCAACACUACUAAGUUUACCGCAUACAGACAAGCUAUAUACCAACCAUUCACAUCACCUAGAUUAUUAUCCAUCCGGUUCAAUGUAUACAAAUUUAUCAAUCGUUUAAUUUAUGGGACUCGCAGAUAUCAGGAGUUGUUUCCACCUAUUACAAAACUUGUCAAUUUCAACAAUAGCAGAUCUAUUGCUAAAGCCAAAGAAUCAAAGGAAAACAUAUCGCAGAGGGACAUUCAAGUAAGAUCUAAUUUUCCUAUCAAUUGUGCUGUUGAUGAUUUGGAUUUAAUGUUUGAUGGUGGUGAUCAAAUUACAAUCUUUGAUUCUGCAAUUGAUGAUUUACAUCAUCUUCAUCCACAACAAUAUCAUCAUCAUGGAGGACAUGGUGUGGGAUUUUCUAAUCAUAAUUCUCGUUUUGAAAAGGGUGGAUUUGAAGAAGAGAGAAGCACUCCUGUAUUCCAACAACAACAGAAAACACAACAAGCUAAGCGUCAGCAAAAACAACAAGAUCAGUUCCACCUUGAAUCUCAUCAACCACAAAGGGCACAAAAAUCGGAACAAGUUGACUUAACACCUGCUAAUGACUUGCCAAUAUUUGAUGAUUUCCUUGAAGCUCACCAACAUCGUUACAUUAUCAACAGCAGCAACAACAACAACAACAACAACAACAAUGAAGAUGACUUUUAUCUCAACGUCGCCAAUGAGAAGGAACUCAACGAGGUUAACAAAAAUACAUUUAUCUCAUUCGGACCUAGAAUCAUGUUUGGAAAUCAAUCUUCUACUAAUCAACAAACAAGAAUUGAUAAAUCUUACAAUGAUUUUGAAGACAGAGACAAGGUUAAUGAGUAUCCAUUUUUUGAUGAUUUUGAACAUAAGCCAUCACCUAUCAAGUCAAUGAAAUACGACCAAAACAAAGGUUCCAUUAGACAAAUUGCAUCAUCUAUAGAACAUGCAUUAAUUUCUUCGUCCGUGUCAUCAACUGAAAGUUUUCUUAGUCCAUUGGAUGAUGAAAUUCUCACAAGAUUACAUCGUCCAUCACCCCAAAAUAGUGUUGUUGUUUCUAAUGGUGCUAAUGUGAGUUACCACUUUGGACAAGAUUUUUAUCAAAGCACCGACAACGAUGAUGAGAAUUCUGAAUUUGCUUUCGAAAUUGAGUCGUCAUUACCACAACGAGAUUCAUCCUUGACUCGUCCAUAUUCCCAUUCAGUAUCGUACCCACAUCCACAAUCACGCCUCCAAUCGCAUGUGUCAUCUGUACCACAAGCACAUUCAAAUUCAAUUACAGGAAUUGAUCAUUUACAAUUUAACAACUUUCAUCCUCGCUAUGCAACACUACAACAACAUCGUCAUGAUUUGGAUAGUUUUAAGCUCCCCAAUAAUGUCAAAUUUGGCAGACAAAAUGAGGAGGCAUUUGUCCCACAAAGAAAGAGAAAGUUGUCAUCAUCGGGGUUGUCGAUAAAUUCUCCAUCAAUAGUGUCAAGUUUUGAUUCUGAUGUACCUGUUUCCCCAACCGAUACUAUAAUAAAACCCACGUUGAAGAAACUAGAGACACUGGGGAAACUGAAACGUAAACUGAAGAAGAAUAAAAAGGUUAAGGUUGAACAGCAAGAAAUUGCCGAUGGUUUGAAACAUGAAAACGAAACAACAUGCACUGAUAAUCAUUCAAUCGACGACUUUAUAUCCGAGCCAGUUGUUAUAUCCACCACCACCAAAACCAUCAACACAACCGUUCGCAAACUAAGCUAUACCGGAAAAGAUGGGAAAAUCGGCUAUUCAUUCGAAUGCCCCCACUGCAACUCCCACUUCAAAGUAAAAGGCUACUUAACUCGUCAUUUGAAAAAACACAGUUCAUCGAAAGCAUUCCAUUGCCCUUUUUAUCAAGAUUCGUCACCACCACCACCACCAGAAGGAGAAAUUCACAGGUCAUCAUCAUCAUCAUCUGCCCCACAAGCAGGUACCAAAUGUCACCCAACAGGUGGAUUCAGCCGUCGUGAUACAUUCAAAACUCAUCUCAAAGCAUUACAUUUUAUUUAUCCACCAGGAACCAAGUCUACUGAACGAAGCCACCUAAGUGGUCGAUGUGCUGGAUGUUUUCAAUUUUUUGAAAACAAUACUCAAUGGUUGGUUCAACAUAUUGAAACUGGAUUGUGUCAGGGUACUGUUUUGUAUAAGGAGAAAUUGAGACAAUCGAUAACAAAUGGGAAUGAAUUGAAGAAGGUGAAGAAGGAAAGAGAUGCAUGUGAUGAAGAUGAUUUAUUGGGAAGUGAUUGUGAUGAUGAAUUUAAUGCGGAAUUGAAGAAUUUGGAUUAUGAUGAAGAAGAAGAUGCAAAUGACGACGAAGAUGAAGAGGGAAAUACGAUGAAGAAAGUUAAAGUAAAAAAAGAGCCAAUGAGAUAA